CCACGCCCACGGAGCGGGCGAGUGGGCGGAGCCUCGCGUCUUCAAGACGGUGCUCGAGUUGAAUGAAUUCUCCCUCUGGAUCUCUGAGCGAGCGAAUGAUGCCCGUACGAGGAUAAUCAGACCAUCAACUUCAUCUUCAUCAUCCUCAUCCUCAUCAUCGUCUUCAUCAGGAUGUCUGACUCGGAGAUGUCGGAGUUCGCGAGUAUCGUGGAGCGCCUUGAGAGAGGCGAGGUGCCGAUGAAGAGCAUCGAGCGGGAGCUGAUCUGCCCCAUCUGCAAGGAGCUCUUCACGCAGCCGCUGAUCCUGCCCUGCCAGCACAGUGUGUGCCACCGCUGCGUCCGAGAGCUGCUGAUGCCCAACCACGACGACUCCCUGAGCACCGACGCCGGCUCCGAGAGCUCCAACCCCGGCAGCCCUCGCGCCAGAGUCCCGUCCCCCAGCAUGGAGAAGCUGGACCGCCUGGUGCGAUCAGUCUCAUUGCGGCAGCAUCAGGUCCCAGCAUGCCGUGCGGCGGCCUCCCCCCCCCGAGCGGCGCAGCACACUCACGGCCUAAGGUCCAUAUCUUCUCCGGGAUGGAGGCGCUCCUCCGUCACGCCCCGGGUCACCACCUUCCCGUGCCCGGGCUGUCAGCAUGACAUUGAUCUCGGGGAGCGCGGGAUCAGCAUGCUCUUCAGGAACUUCACUCUGGAGAGCAUCGUGGAGCGUUACCGUCAGGCGGCCCGCGCGGCCGUGGCCAUCAUGUGUAACGUCUGCAAGCCUCCCGCUCAGGAGGCCACCAAGAGCUGCAUGGACUGCAAGGCCAGCUUCUGCAACGAGUGCUUCAAGCUGAACCACCCCUUGGGAACCCCUAAAGCCCAGCACGAGUACGUGGGACCCACCACCAACUUCAGACCCAAGGUGCUCAUGUGUCCGGAGCACGAGAUGGAGAAGGUCAACAUGUACUGCGAGGUGUGCCGGCGUCCCGUGUGUCAUCUGUGCAAGCUCGGCGGAUCUCACGCUAACCACAAAGUUACAUCCAUGAGCAGCGCCUACAAGAUCCUCAAGGAGAAGCUAUCGAAGAGUAUCCAUUACUUAAUUAGCAAAGAAGACCAAGUGAGGACUCAGAUUUCUGAGCUGGAGGGACUGAUCCGUCACACGGAGGAGAACGGGCAGCUGGCCGAGAGGCGCGCUCACGAACACUUCGAGCGUCUGCUGGAGACUCUUCAGGAGCGCCGCAGCGAGAUGCUCCACUCCAUCGAGCAGAGCCGGAGUCUGCGGGCGGACCGUCUGCGGGCACAGGUGGAGGAGUACCAGGGCAUGCUGGAGAACAGCGGCCUCGUGGGAUACGCUCAGGAGGUGCUGAAGGAGACCGACCAGUCUUGCUUCGUCCAGACGGCCAAACUGCUGCAUGUCAGGAUUCAGAAAGCCACGGAGUCUCUGAAGACGUUCCAGCCGGCGGCGACUGCGUCGUUCGAAGAGUUUGUGCUGGACACGUCCAGAGAGGAGCUCUUACUGAAGGAGCUGAGCUUCAGCGGCGUUCCCGAGCCUCCUGUGAUCGAUCUCUCUCGCUGCCGGGUUUAUAACGAGGCUCUGAUCCACUGGCGUCUGUCCGAGGACUCUCUGCCCACCGAUCAUCAUGUGGUGGAGUUCAGGAGGCUGGGGUCUGAGGAGCAGGAGUGGAGAUCCAGCGAGCCUGUGUUCGGCUCCAGCACUGUGCUGUCUGACCUGAGCCCAGAGUCCAGCUACGCCUUCAGGGUCAAGAGCUGCAGGAACCGAGUCUACAGCCCCAGCAGCCCCGAGGUGACCCUGAACACGCCCCCCGCGUCCGUGUUCAGCUUUCUGUUUAAUGAUAAGUGUGGGUUCAGCGCGGAGCGGCUUCAGCUGAGCAAGCACAGAGACUCGGUGGAGAGCGUGGCGGGGAUGAGUCUGCUCUUGGCUGCAGAGCGAGUACAGACGGGGAGCUACAUCUGCCUCGACUACAUCAUCGGAGACACGGGCAUCUCUCACGGGCGCCAUUACUGGGCCUUCCGUGUGCAGCCCGAGUCAUACCUGAUCAAAGUGGGAGUGGCUUCUGACUCCAAACUAACAGAGUGGUUCCACAACCCACGAGACACCAGCAGCCCCCGGUAUGACCACGACAGCGGUCACGACAGCGGCAGCGAGGACGCCUGCUUCGAGCUUUCUCAGCCCUUCACGCUGCUGACCGUCGGCAUGGGCCGGCUCUUCAUCCCCAAGGCCUCGGCCAGCGCCGGGGAUCAGGGCAGUCGAGUCCUGCCCAUGCCGCAGAGGAUCGGUGUCUGUCUGGAUCACGACGCCGGCCGAGUCUUCUUCUAUGACGCUGACAGCAUGCGCUGCUUCUACGAGCGGCCGGUGGACUGCUCAGGGACCAUGUACCCUGCUUUCGGGCUCCUGGGCGGCGGAGCGGUUCAUCUGGAGGAGUUCAUCACGGCCAAGAGGCUGUCGUACAUGUGAGGUGUCUGUAACAGUUCGCUCAAAUACACACGUCAGUCUGGUUUAAGAGCCGAGUGCCUUCAGCCGACCGCGAGCUUCACACCAUCAGGGUUCACGCAGGGCACCUUAAUACACCUGAAUCUAAUGCAAAGCCUCACCACGUCACUUUCUGAAGAGCGUGCACUGAUACUGUUAACUAAGUGUGCUUAAGAACACCAAACACAGAGUGGUAUAAUUUGAACACAAGAACACACAUGAUUGUGCACUAAUUAGUUUUUUGUUGUUGUAGCAGCACCUAGUACAUGUACAAAACUAAUGAAUCGUCUGUCUUACGUAGAUCCAAUUGUAGAUGUUUUUUUGUAAUCGAGUUUGAAAACUUCAAUGAAAUGUAGCUUAAUCAAAGCGGUGCUGAUCAAACGAGACCGACCUGAACACCUUAAAUGUACAUAUGCACUAUUAUCGUCGAGGCAAACAUCUCGACUGGACUAACAUGGCCUUACUGAGUCACCGCAGGCUCACCGCUUCGUUAACCAGAUGAUUAGAAAGGGAUUGGACGGCUCUACCUACCUCUGAUCGAAGGAUGUUCUCGUAGUUUAUUCUGUAUUUGCGCUGUGCUAGUCUUGCGCUUGGAUUGCUUAGAAACAUGUCCUCGUCUUCAUCUUUUGGGGACGUGUGUUAUUACCUGAUUAGCGUGUUGUUCUGUGGAUAUCGUUGUCGGCGAAAUCUCAUACUAAUCAAACAUUUUAAACAAUGUGACCCCAUUAAAAGGAGACUUGUGUUCUCUGAACACUUUAGACUAGAUUGAGCUUUUAAUGUUUGUGAUCAUUUUAAAAGUGUGUGUGUGUGUGUGUGUGUAAGAUCAGUGGACUGAAAUACUGAGAGAUGUGUGUGCCGUGUGUGUCCUUCUGAUCUUUCAUCAGUUACACUAUUUCUGUUUGUUUUUGCUUCAUCUUUAUGAAUUGAUUUUCACUCUAUUUUCACAUGUUCACCUUCGGUUUAUUUAGUUUCAUCGGAUGAAGAAUAAUGCACUCGUUCACUUGUUUGAGGUGUGUGAUGUCACAGAAUGUGUUUUGGGAGCCUGUAACCAAAUGUUUAGCUGUUUCUUGUACAUGUUGAACAGGGUCUGUAAUGGUUUGUAAUGUGCGGUACUGAGCUUAUGAAUCCUGCUGAAGUUCUUUAGCACUUUAAAGCAUGUCUGAGCUUGAUGCAGGCGGCGCUGUGAUGCUUUAACAGACGUAACCAGCUCUCUGUGUCUCCUGCAUCUGCCUGCUUUUAUUUUUAAUGUACUAUGUGGCUUUUUGUAUAAAAAUAAAUGAAUGUCCUUUUA